CAGGUCCAUCAUCUCGUAAUUGAUCAGCCAACCGUUGCGUCGCUUUCAUCGGGGGAGAAUACACGGAGACUCUUGGCCAGCAAGCGCCGAGCUGGGUCGGCCACAGCGAGAUAGAUUAAAAAGCGGUCCCCUGGAAAUCCGGGGUGCACCUUCUCCCCAGACUCCCCCGCAUCAUGCAUGCCUGUCGAGUGUGUGAGCUGUGUGUGUGUGUGGUAGUAGUGCGCCGUCGUCAUCCCAUGAUUGAUGCCUUUUUUUCCGGGGUCGGGAUCUGCACGCCCAGCACGGAGACGAGGUCCCGCAGUUGUACCGUCGGUCAUGUUUGUGUUGAAGGAGAGGCAAUUUAAUAUGCGCCCAAUCAAUCCCACGGCCCCUCACCGAACGAGAGAGGUGUUGCCGGCACCCCAGUUACUGCCGGGUGGCGCCCCGCUUCAGGACCCCAUUGGCCGGCGCCCGGGAUCUGGGACGGGCGUCCCUUUACCGGCAGAUGGCUGCUCUUGGCUCCCAUCAUCGCCAACCAUGUCGCCCUCCCCAUGUUGCACUCCGCUAUGCCAACAGCGUGCUGGCAUGAUGUUAAUCACCAGGGCCUGGGAUGCGUUGCACCGCCGACAGCUGGUAAGAUUCCCAUUUAAUUUUCAAUCCUCUACCGUCACCGCCGCCGUCGAUUGGCUGUGCUGCCAAGGACCUGCCAUUCAAAUGCUCAGCCUGCCCGGAUUCCCCGCGAAAUGUCGACGCGAGACGCCGUUGAAUUUAUCCCGGAGAUUGACUCAAACGGAGUCCCCGCCUCCGAUUCGUGGACGCCCAAACCUGGAGAAAGUCCUAGCGGGUCUAGAGAACGUUCAAGGUUUGUGCGUGUCCGAUUCAUGGUCUUUGAAUUCUGAUCUGGCCGGUAACGGGUUGUUGAUCUACUAUGCUGUGGCGUCUUGGGAGGCUGAGAUCUGAUUGCCAAGCAUCCUGGUAAUAGAUACUCGGUCCGACAGAAUAUUACCUACUCCAUUUAGCGUCGGUUUGUGAGUAAGAAGCAGGUAAGAUGAAACCAUCAGGUCAUGGCAUGAAACAAGAUGAACGUGCUGAGUGAACUUGCCCGGCUCUGUACGCUAUGUCUGCG